AUGCGUUCAGCUCUCCUGGCAUGCCUUCCUCUGAGCGAGGGCAGCUCUGGAAGUCGUGUACUUUCAGAUUUUGAUGAAGUAUGUCACUCUCAUGGCGUGUCGGGGAGAGCAUUUCGUGUUGUUGCAGACCCUUUCCCAGUCACAACCACAGUAAAGCCAUGCUGUCUUCCUGGUUUCCUGGUAUCACCUACUCUUGCUAAUGAGCAAAAUGACGAUGAUGAAGAAGAAGUGGAAAAUGGUAAUGAUGCAGAGGAGCACAUUAGGAAUGGGCAUGGUGACAGGGGAGAGGAGGGAGCAUGGGAGGACUCAUGGGAGCAAGGUCUGGGUGUUUGCCGUGUGGACUGUUUCUCUCGCUCUCUUGAACAAUGUGUCAGGGAGGGAUUGCGCUCCUGUUCACAGCUCUCUUCUGCACUGACUAAGGCUGCCUGUUUCUAUAACUACAUUACCUCUGCUGUCCCACCGGAGAAACUCAGCCAGGUGUUUGAUGUUCCAGGGCUGAUGAUAGGGGGAUCAGGUAAUCCCCCUUCUUCAGUAAGAGACUGGGCUGCUCAGCUUAAGGUGCUUCGGCGGCUGCUGGACUCAGUGGAGUUCCUGGAGGAGAUGAGUGGUCCAGGGGAACUGGCAUUAGGUGUUUCAGAGAGAGCCCUGCUGAGGGAGCUCACUGACACUUUGGAGCCCUUCACUGAGGCCUGGGACAUGGUGCAUGGAGACCGACAUGCAGACAUACACACAGACAGACAUGUGUCCAUCAGCCUGGCUCUGCCAUGUGUACUGGGCCUUCGGAAACAUCUCUCUGAGACAUCCACCCCCCACUGCCCUUCUCUCCUGGUGGGCCUCAGCCAGGCUGUAGAGCGUUGGCUGGCCCCAAUACUGGAAGACCCCCUCUACAUUACUGCCACCACCUUGGACCCCCAGUUCAAGCUCACUUGGAGCAGCAACCCUGACUGGCACAGACAAGUUCUCAUAGAGGAGUUAUCUAAACAUUCCACAGCCUCAAGCCCCACAGACCACAACACAGACCUACAUCCUCAUUCCCAGACUCCUCCAGCCCCUGCUCCAUCUCCAGUCUCCUCACUCUCUCGGCCCUGCAAGCUGUUCUCUUUCAUCAAGCAGAGACCCAUGACACAGGCCAAGAGCUUAGAGCAGGAGUUGGCCAUCUACCUGCGAGAGGAACCCACAGAUGAGGAGGCCUUGCAUUACUGGCGGCGUAAAUCAAUUGACUUUCCUCUACUUGCCCAAGUGGCCAAAAGGGCGUUGACCAUACCUGCUUGCGGCACUGUGGUAGAGAGCAUUUUCACUAGUGCCGGCCGCUGUCUGCAGCCAGAGAGAGGCCGCAUCUUACCAAAGAACCUGGAGACUCUCAUCUACCUCAAAGCCAACUACAGAUUAUUAUGGACUUAG